GUUCCUUUUGGGGCGAUGAGAUAAUUCUGGAACUAGUCAGUGGUGAUGGUUGCACAGCAUGGUGCAUGUCUUAGUCCCAUGAAAUUGUGCACCUGGAGAAGAUAAAUAUGAGGAAAUUUAUGAAUGUGCAUUUUACCAAAAAGCAAAAUAUCUGUGUAGGUGCUUAAUCCUCAUAGGAUUCUUUAGUGCUGUCCCUUCUCUGGAGCGAAUAAUUCUGGGGUUAAGAAGGUUUGUUGGGGGACAAUCUUACAUUGUAACUAUUUUUAUUUGUCUUAUUGCAUAAUUAUGACUAAGGAUUUGCCUUGGAUCUUAUCUUGAUAAGAAAACAUAAAUAAUUGACAUGAUUGUUGCAUCAGAUUUUAGGCGCUUCACAUUACUGUCCUAUUUGAUUUACAGUCAAAAACAAUGUUGUUCGAUGGGCAGGAAAACCAAUUCAGCCUUUGCACAAUGAUCCCCUAGAGAUCAGAUCCAGGGGAGCAUUCAGGUUUUACUCCAGAACAUGUAGUCAGGUGUAGACACUGGAAGAAGAACAGAGUGGAUUCAUUUCCAUGGUGCUGAGUCCAAUGCUAGAGAGGAAAUGGGGUCUGGGAUUGGGAUGAGGGAUUUGGAAGGGAGGGGUGGGUAGAGUAGAAACUUCAACUAAUAGAGCUCAUGCUUUUUUCCCCUGCAGACUUCUGAAGGAACAGUGAAUCUGUUACUGAGAAAAACCAGGGGCGAUCUGUGUAGAUAGGUCGCAAUUAGACACCAGCUACUGGAAGAGUUUUCCCAGAGGCUGAUUGAAAUAUUCUCCUCUAGAUAUGGCUGCAAAUUGCACAUCCUCAUGGGGUCUGGGAGAACCCUGCAACAGACCUAGGUCAGAGACUCCAUGGUCUAUGGCAUCCCUGGGAACUCAACUUGGAAAUCACGACGUGGACCCUGAGAUUUCUCACGUGAACUUCAGGAUGUUCAGCUGCCCGGAGGAGUCGGACCCCAUCCAGGCUCUGAGGAAACUCACUGAGCUGUGCCAUCUGUGGCUGAGGCCCGACCUCCACACCAAAGAGCAGAUCCUGGACAUGCUGGUGAUGGAGCAGUUCAUGAUCUCCAUGCCCCAGGAGCUCCAGGUCUUAGUCAAGGUGAACGACGUGCAGAGCUGCAAAGACCUGGAGGACCUGCUACGAAACCACAGAAGACCCAAGAAAUGGUUUGUAGUCAACUUGUUCGGCAAGGAAUAUCUCAUUCAGGACUCAGAUGUCAAGAUGGCUGAAGGCCCCGCCAGUGUCUGGGAUGAUCCGAGAGACGUGUCCAGCCAGCAGGCCUCCUCUGUGAACCAGAUGCGUCCAUGGGAAGGCCAGGCCCACCGAGAGCUGCAGAUCCUGCCCAGGGUCCCUGCACCGUCCAGGAGGCAGGAAGAGGACUUCCUGCUUCCAGAGACUAACGUCAUGAAAGGUGACCCAAAGGCUCUGAGCCCCAAGCCGACCUUGAAGAAGGACCUGGAGGAAGACAGGGAGGAGAAACCAGGACUUACAUCCCCAGAGCCUCAGCUUCCAAAUGGUCCUACAGAUCUGGUGAGAGCAAAGGAGGAGAAGGAAUCCCCAAAAAGAGCCUUUGUGGAAAAUGUGGAUGCCGACACACCUUCUGCCUGCGCUGUGGAGAGAGAAGCUUCGACUCACAGCAGGAACAGAGGAGAGGCUCCGAAUCUCAGAGGCCCCAAAAGAAGCAAACCAGAUGCCACCUCCAUUUCCCAAGAAGGGCCUCAAGGAGGAGCCACACCUGUGGGCAACAGAGAAUCCCCGGGACAAGCUGAGAUCAAUCCAGUUCAUUCCCUGGACCCUGCGGGCCUGGUCAUUCACCCCGAUGGCCAAGGAGUUAGGGAACUGCUGCCCUUUGCAUGUGAGGUGUGCAGUAAGAGGUUUAAAUAUCACAGCAAGCUAGCCACCCACAAGAAAUCACACACCGGAGAGAGACCCUUUCAAUGUAAUCUCUGUGGGAAGCGUUUCAGGCAGCGCAUAGGCCUCGAAUUUCACCAGCGAACCCACACCGGCGAGAGGCCCUACGCGUGUGACAUCUGCUGGAAGCAGUUCACCCAGAAGUCCUACCUGAAGUGUCACAGGAGAAGCCACACAGGGGAGAAGCCCUUCGAAUGUAAAGACUGCAAGAAAGUUUUCACCUACAAGGCGAAUCUGAAGGAGCACCAGCGCACCCACUCCGGAGAGAGACCUUACAUAUGUCCCAAGUGUUCAAGAGCCUUCGGUCGGCCUGCAACCUUGAGACGCCACCAGAAAACACAUCCGGAAACCACUUCACAGUGACCUCGUCAUCGGGUCUGCAUCUUCUGCACCAAGAAAAUGUGAAUGAUGACUUCUCACCGAUGUUAUCAGAUGACAUCUGACACACGAAGGGCGCCUGGCACACACAGAGGUGCCCUAGACAGGAAUUCCCAGGAUGUUUGUUUAAAUUUUUUUCCUCCCCAGUGAAUUCUGGUUUUUGUUUUAUUAUGUCUAUUGUUAUAGGCUUAUUUUGGUUUGUGUUGCUGUUCUUUCAAUAAACAAACAUCUUAUUAGUUUUCAAUAUUUUGUAAAAAAAAACGGAGUCUCCUGAGGGACAUGCUGUUA